AUGGAGGCACCGCAAGGAGAGAAAGAGCAGGGUGUCAAUGGAAGUCAAGGAAACGACAUGUCAACUUCAGAGAAAAGCAUGGCUAUUGCUAAUCCUCAACCGGAUAUCGAACUCGACUCCACUACCAACAACAAUCUGCAGUCCAUGCCAGGAAUCUCGCCAACCCAUCAACAACCCCAAGCAUCAAGCAAAACGAGCACUGCCCCAGAUGUUCACCCGGUGGAUGUUCCCCCAAACGGCGGCUACGGCUGGGUCUGCGUCGCCGCCGUCGCAACAAUAAACGGGCACACCUGGGGUCUCAACUCGGCCUACGCCAUCUUCCUCGCCCACUACCUCUCCACGUCCACUUUCCCAGGUGCCACACCCCUCCAAUACGCCUUCAUCGGCGGCCUCUCCAUCUCGCAAGCCCUCAUCGUCUCCCCGGUAGCAACGUACACAACGCGUCGCUUCGGCACCCGCACCACGCUCUUCAUCGGCGUAUUCUUCGAAACCGUGUCCUUCAUCGGUGCGAGCUUUGCGUCGUCCAUCUGGCACCUCUUCCUCUCCCAAGGCGUGUGUUUCGGAUGGGGAAUGGGUUUUCUGGAUCGGAAUAAGGAGGUUGGGAGUAGGCAGGUCAGCUUCGACUACACCCUCUUCCGCAAACCCCAAUUCAUCGGCCUCCUCGCCUUCGGCGUCCUCAGCAUGCUCGGCUACAUCGUCCUCCUCUUCUCCCUCCCCUCCUACGCCCGCACCAUCGGUCUAACCGCCCAACAAGGCAGCAUCAUCGGCGCCGUUUUCAACCUUGGCCAAGCCCUUGGUCGCCCCCCAAUAGGCUACUUCUCUGAUUCCAUCGGACGGUUAAACAUGGCGGGCAGCAUGACAUUCCUGGUCGGAGUGUUUUGUUUGCUUAUAUGGAUCUUUGCGAAGAGCUUUGGUGUGUUGGUUUUCUUUAGUUUGGUGGGCGGGAUGGUGGCGGGCACGUUUUGGGCGACGGCUGCGCCGGUUACGACGGAGGUUAUGGGGUUGAGGGAUUUGCCGAGUGCGUUGAGUAUUACUUGGCUGGUACUUGUGUUGCCUACUACCUUUUCGGAACCCAUCGGCCUUGAGAUCGUCGCUUUCAACGGGGGAAGUUACACCGGAGCCAUCCUCUUCACAGGUUGGAUGUACAUUGGAGCCGCGGUCUGUCUGUGGAUGGUGAGGACGUGGAAGAUUGGUGAGGAUGAAGAGAAUGCUGCGGCUGCUGCGAAGGGGGAUGGUGACCCGACUCCGGCCGAGGCUGGAAGCUUUCAACGGAGCCCGUUCGUAAAGAGGAUGUUUAUGAUUCGAAAAGUCUAA